AUGAAGACAAGUCAGGAAAAGAUUGCCUAUAAGGUGGAACCACCUUUUUUCAUCAUACAAUUUCAGUCUCCAGAUACUUUAAAUGCAAUGACAUAUGAUGACUAUAUCUACGUAACUACAUUAUUAGAACUAUCUAGUGGGAAUCCAGAUUGUUAUUUCACUGUAUUGGAAAGUUCAGGAAGAUUUUUUUCAAGUGGGGCAGAUUUUAAUUCUAUUCCACCGAAUGUUAAAGAUAAAAAUGGUAUAAAACAAAAUUUAGACCCAAAGGUGAUUCAAAAAUGGUUAGAAAAUUUCUUAUGUAAGAAUCAGUACAUUACUCAAUCAUUUAUCAGGCACGAUAAGAUAUUAAUUGCUUGUUUAAAUGGUCCAGCUAUUGGUUUAAGUGCCGCUAUUAUAUUAUUAUGUGAUUUAGUGUAUGCAAUGAAUGUCGAAGAAACUUAUCUUCAAUUUCCCUUCAGUACUCUAGGUUUGUCUAAUGAAGGUGCUGUGUCAUGGACAUUACCCAAUAAAUUAGGGAGAAACAAAAGUUUCGAAAAAUUGUUGUUUGCACAAAAGGUUUAUGGAUAUGAAAUUCAAGGAUCUGUAUUACUCAAAUCAGCAAUUGACUACCAUCAACUAGAGGUCAAUUGUAAUCAUGAUAAAAGCAAGAUUGUUCAAACUUUUAAUGAACUGAUGAUCGAAGAACUUAGACAAAAAUGUAAAAAUAUUUUUUUGCCUACUGUCCUUAAAAUGAAGGCUUUAUUAAAGGAUGAAUCAUUAACUUCUCAACUAGAAUUAAUUAACACUAAAGAAGUUAAUAGUGGGUUACCAUUUUGGGUGAAUGGCAUACCACAAGGUAGAUUCCAAGUUUUGAAAAAUUUAAAGAAAGCUGCACGUGAAAAUAAGAAUAAAUUAUAA